AUGGUGGAGAACCCUUCUUCUGCCAGGGUUGAUGCAGACCCAGCACUUCGCCACAUCAUAGAAGCAGUCCUACAGUUGCAAGAAGAUGAUGAGCUUGAAGAGCUCUAUCAGGAGCUGAAAGAGCAGGCCAUCAGAGAUCCAAAAACUCUUGCAAGAACCAGGUCAGCUAGCAUGGCUAGGCUAAAAAUCAAGGUCGGCUUUGAGACCAAACUCAACAGUUUUGCUCGUUGGAUUCGUAAAAUGCCAAAAGAAUCCAGGCCAAAAAGGCCUGAGGAUUUCAUGAAGCUUUCCAGUAAUGACUUCGAUGGCUACGAGAGUGAUUCCGAAUCUAGCUCGUCUGGGUCGUCGGAGGCUUGUACAGAAGAGCUUCCCCAAACAGAAGCACCCAAUGUUCAACCAGACAAUGAGCAGAACUUUGCAAUCACUGAAGAGCCUCUUGCGGGCAGAAACAUCCUGGUCCCUUUUGCCAAUUCGAAUGAUGCCGUUGUGCCAGGCCCUAGUGUAGGGCAGAUUGCAUUUGACGACCCCCUCUUACCCAAAGGAGGCCAUGCUGAAGAUUCAACCCCAGAGCCCCUUACGGUUGCAGAUGUCGUGGACAAUUCUUCUGUGGCCAAAGAACGUGUUGAGAUUGCCAUUCCAGCUGCUGCCCCAGGAAACGUUGCGAUGGCCUCUGAAGAUACUGAUGACCUGGUUUUGGUUGAAUUGACCAGCGAUCAAGAAGACAAGGUUGAGCCUGGCUCUGAAGUUGUCGAGCCGGCUCCUGAAGAAGUAGACGGCGCUCCUGGCUUGGCUGAAACUGAAGCAGUCAUGCCGAGCACAGGCGAACAACUUCCACCUGAGACCAGACUUCGAGCCGAGUCAAAUGAUCACCAUAUCCUCAGCUCGAACGUGCCUAAUUCUGAGAACGCCGUGGCUACUUCCAAUGAUCCUUCUCCGACUCCCAUGGUCAAGGGUACCAAUGCUGAGGACACCUGUCCAGGACUUGCACCAGCUGAUGAUGCAGAUGGCGUAUCUGUCGCUACAAAUGGUGGUCGCUUUCUCUACCCGUAUUUGCUGAGGCUGGCCAACAAGUGUGUUGAACGUGUCCUUCCAAGAGUUCGAGGGUGGGCUGUCGCGGCCUACCAAACCUUUACGUCCUUUUUAACGUGGUCGAAGUAA